GUCUCGCAUACUGGAAUCGGGGCGGUCGUGGAUCGCACAAUUCGUUAUACGAAGUUCGGUUUUCCGAUGGUACAUCAUGCGCCGCUUCGAUAUCGAAUUCGCCACCGCAAUUCUUCUCGGCGGACGCGAAGAGGUCGGAAAUAGCCACCAUGCGAUACAUUCACUCUUCACCACUAUACAACAUCCCGAUACCGCGAAUAUACGGCUGGGAUCUGACAUUCGAUAAUCCUGUUGGCGCGCCAUACAUUCUUCGGGAGUGCGUCAAAGGAACGAACCUUUCGACCGACGGGCGCUUUUACGGAUUAAGCCCCGAAAAUAGAAUGAAGGUCAUCAAGCAGCUCGCAUUUGUGCAGGCCGAGCUCUCCAAGCCUUCGGAGUUCAAACAGCUUGGAUAUAUCUAUCAGCGGGAAGAGAACGAGAACGAGUUUUACGUCGGAAAGAUCGCCGCUUUGCCGUCAGGAUGCCCGGAGGAGGAUGCGCGGCAAGAACCAUACCUCGGGCCGUACGAUUCACUGCCCGAGCUCUGGGAAGCUCGGAUAGAUAGGGAGACGUUGUCGGCUAUCGGAAACUGGUCGCAGUUGCCAUCGGACUCGUCGCUUCCUUCCCACCUCGGGCCUCCGUCGAAGGCGAACCCCCAGGAAUUCGGCGAGCUCCUGCAGCUAUUGGCGGGAUUGACGAACGUGUUCAAUCCCCCGGCGCAAUUGUCCACUCUUUGCAUUCACCACUCUGAUUUCGCGCUCCGCAAUGUGCUGUUCGACGAGAAGACCAUGAAGAUUUCCGGAGUUAUCGAUUGGGAGUUCGCUUCAGUGAUGCCGCUAUGCAUCACCGGAAGGUUUCCCAAUGAUCUGGGUUGGGAAGGAAACGAAUUUGCGAAGUCGAUGGGGAAACUAGGAAAAGAAGCCGACGUGUUCAACCACCAUUACUACGACUGGACCUCCCUGAGCGGGGUUGCUCCGCCGCCCAGGGCUCGAGGAGAUAUUCCGAGUCCGCCUGCAUCUCCCGCCCACCCAAACAUGCGAGAUGAAGAUUAUCUGACAUCUCCGAAUGCUUCGGCGAACGGAUGCAUGGGCCGACUUCCCGACUCGGAAUACUUCGGUGAUGAGGGCGUGCCAUCACCGCCGUCGCCUCCUCUGCCCCCACCACCAACCUGCGAAACCUCGCAGCAAGAGGUCGAAACACGCGCGUCGAAUCUGAUCCAACUCUACUACUACCGCAAGUACUAUGCGUCUCGAGUUGCGUUCCACGAUUUCGGCUUGACACGACUGUUCAUGGACUCGGUAGCGUACAUCAAGUUCAACGAAAUCGUCACGGGAGGCGCCGAGAAGUGGUUCGGAGCGGCCGAUUGGAUUAAGGAGCUGUUCUUCAGGUUCCAGGCUCUUGACCGGAGUGUCAGGGACGAACUUAUGGCGGGCAAGGGGGUUGUGCGGGUGCCCGAGCGGUUUGAGUACGAACGAAGGGUUGAGGUAGAUUUGGGGGAGUUGGAGAAGCGUCCGGGAUGCCUGCGGUAGCGGGGCAUCAGCGGGAUGAUGCCUUAUGAAGAGAUGUAAACGUAUAUGGCGAUGAAUUUUCUUGGUUAUGGCGUCACAAACAUAUGGUAUGGUUGGUUUGGGGGGAGGAUGGGGGUGGAUGGGCUGGGCUGGGUCUCUU